CGUUAAGAGGGUGGAAAAAAAAAGGGGGUAGAAAAGAAAGUCUGAGGGCCUGACAGAGGGAGAGAGAGGAAUCGGGACGUGACCAGAACGGAGUGGCCGAGUGAGAAAACCGGGAAGUGGGACAGAAACAGAAGCAAAGGGAUUGAGAGCAGGAAAGACAAAGGGACAGAGGGAGAUGGACACUGAGAUGGAGAAAUGUAGAGAUGGAGAACAGGCACAGAGAUGGAGAUCCCCAGUCCUCAUGUCCCUCUGGAGCACAUGCUUCAGGGCUCUGUCCUGGGAUUCACCAGCUGUUUUGUAGUCUUUCUCUCUGGAGACAUUCAAAAUGCACCUGGACAUGUUCCUGCUCUAGGUGACCCUCCCCUCAGCAGAGGAUUUGGAUUAGAUGAUCUCCAGAGAUGCCUUCCAACCCUAACAAUUCUUUUAUUCUGUGAUUCUCCUUCAAACUAGGGGAAGGACUCGUUUGCCUCCUCACCACCCCACACAGGCAUCAGGAGAAGCUGUCUCUCCAGCUGCCCUUGGCAGGCAAGGCCAGGAGGGAGGAAUGGAGUUUGGGGCCAGCAUGGCCAUGACACAAAGUGAUGCUGCAUCUCAGACAGCAUGUCAGUCACCCACAGGUCAAUAGAGAGCAGGGAUGCUUUUUGAGCAUUCUCAAGUGGUCAGGAUGGCCAGGGCUGACUCCAGGAGUGCUGCACACGAGCACAGAUGCACUCUUGGCUGGGCACUGCACAGACCUCUGUCCCCAGAGAACCCCUGCCAGCGGGGUGGGAGCUGGCAGUGCUCUCUCACCAGCUGAGCUUCUGCCAGACCCCAGCACUGCAGCUUCCUGCUCCAUCUGCUGCUUGCUGCAGUCCACAGGGCUUGGUUGAAUGAGUACCUCCAACAGUAGGGGUGCUCCCCACUGCCACACUCAUUCCUCGGGCCCAUGCAGAUGAGCCAGAGACGGGUGAGCUCCAGUCACUGCCCUGGCCAUUGCACAUUGGCUGAGGAGGGGAAAUCUCCCUCCCAGCUGAGCUCUGGUGUGCUGCCCUGCACCUCUUGCAUCUCUUCCUCCUAUGUGGGGAAAGGACAGAGCAGGGACUGAAGUGUCAGAGCCUCAGCCCUUGGAUACAAAGGGGCACUGGCACUGCUGUAGCUCCUCACACCUUGCUUUUGUUGUGCAGCUCUAUUCCGUGUGCCUUUGGAGUAUUCAGAACUCAGAUGCAGCUCCAUUUCCACCUCACCCACCCAUGGGGCCUCUGCUGCCUGCAGGAAUGAGGAGCCAUAAGAUCCCCAGUUCAUGCAGACCCUCCUGCCACCAUCUGCCUCCCUUUGCUCCAGAGGAGACCCCUCCACAGCUCACUUCCCCAGCUUCCCCAUCCCAGCACCCAGCAGCAUUGGGAUCACCCCAGCUAGCUCCCUGCUUAGCCAGCCAGGUGUUCACAUCCUGCAGUGCCUUGUCCUCCAGCAUCCCCAGCCCCACCAGGAAGGUCACUUGGCCUCUGCGUGUGUAACCUGUUGUAUCAGAGGGAUCUUAGCACAGCUCUGCCAUCCACGUUCCUUGGAGAGGAGCUGAACCCAAUGAGUGGUCUCCACAGCUUGACAUGCAUGGGGAAACCCUGCAGAGCAUAUCCACUCCAGCACUUGACACCUUUGCCUGAGACUUCUCCAGAUCACUUUUGACUUAUUUAAACUAAUGCUGGGGCAAAGCACUUUGCAGUGCUACCUGCAGAAUAAGGGCUUUCUUUAUCCUCUUUUCUCCUUGCUCAGCUGUAAAGUGUGACUGUGGCCAACUGUCCUUUAUCCGUGUUGGCUCCCAGCCUGAGGUUCUGGAGUUUGGCUUGAAAGUCAAGCCAGUGCUGGAAGGGCUGACUGGGCAAACUCAGCAGCAAGCUUUGGGAGAGGUGGUGGAAAGAGCAGAGGUAGCCCACCUGCAGGCACACCCAGCCAUAGAGGAGGGAUGCCCAGCUCCGAAAUUGCGGAGUUUUAGUGCUGUGAUCAACAGAAGAAGCAAUCCCAAGAAGAGGAGGAACAAGUCACAUAACUUCAUAUGGUCAGAGCACCGCCUGAACUGGUAGGUAGAGCUUUGAUACAGACAUUCUCUGUAAGCCUCAGCCUUCAGUAGUCCAUCCCAGCUUUUCACAGUGGGAAAUGGCAGGGAAAGAAAAUGUCUAUCUCGCAACUCUUUGGUGAAUAAGCUUGGUUUCUAUGUUCAUGUUACCUGCUUCUGUAGGAGAGGGAGGUUGAGCAAUGAACCCAGAGCUGAGGGGCAGGUAUGCAUCCUUCCUGCACAGUCUCAGCCAAAAGGGCCUGGUUUUAUCAUCUCUGUGAAAGCCUUUUGCAGUGGCAGCACUCUCAAAUGAACAUGAGAGAGAGAGAGGAAGUGCCACACAGACUUGCACAAUGAUCUUGCUCUUGCUGUUUCCUUUCUUGUCAGGCCUGUGAGCAGGGAACCACACCUGCAGGCCAUGUGAGCAGUGAGCCCAGCAAGGAGCCUGGUUCCAGAUCAGGAGUGCAGUAACUUACAUGGUCUGCCUUGUAGUGCCAGCGCUUUCUCACGAUUUCUGAGGGAGAAAACUUGUUUGUGGGGUAUCCUCAGUCCCCAUCACUGCUUGCAGCCCGACUCCUUGGCACUACAGCUGGACCCCAGUUUCCCUUGCUCCAAGCUUGUGAUACAAAAAGCAUCCGUAGGUAUCUUUCCACCACUGCCUCCUAGGACCACAGUCAGAAAUGGUGAUUUUCCAGUAUGAUUUCCUAGACUCCAGGGUGUAUAUCUGGUAGUAAGACAUGCUCAUUUUUGCCACAGGACAUGGUUAAAUGGCUGUGGAACAAAGCAACCCAGGCAGUUCCAAGAAUUCACUUGUAGUGUAAUUUUGGAAUAUGAUUAAGAGCUGAGGAGUGCAGAAAGCAGCUGGACUGCGAAACCCCUGGAUUCCAGCUGUCUGCAUUUGCAGGUUUAAAGUGGGAAAUUAUAGCACCAGAUCUUGUGACUGCAGGGAGCCAUAAUGUAAAUGCAUUUGCCAUUCUUGCAAGACCGAUGACAUUCAGCCUGAGCCCCCCUAAGUCUGUUUCCAAGUGGAACUCUCCAUCUCUGGGAGAGGAAAAGUGGUUUCCAAACCUGUCAUGAGGACAGCCUUGUGCACAAGGCAUGAUGUCCAGGCCAUGCCUAGGUUUAGGCAGCCAAGGUGAUACUCAGGAGAUGCUCUCCUGACAGCAGAGCUGAUCUGUAAGGAGAAAACUCACCCUAGGGAGCUGGGAGGGUUUUCUUCAUGAGAGACUUGGGUAUUCCUUCCAUCCCUCCCAAGGCCAGACAACAAUUGUGGCCUCACUUUUCUAGCAUGACAUUCACUGCUGCAGCAUCACUAAGAGGGAGUGAAGAAGCUUGAUAUCCCCAGCUGCCCCCAGCCCACUGCAGCACAUGGAGAGCAAGGCCACAGAGCUGGACAACUGCUUCCCACCUGCUGGGACAGCAUGGAGGAGGCCAGCUCCACACUGCCUGGCCUCCACUGCUUCUGCUCAGUGUGCACCCUGCAGUGGGCUGAGAGCAAACAUGAGUGUCCUUUCUGGAAGAGGAGGGUGAUCUCCAUCCUAUGCAGGGUCUCUCAGCAGGGUGAAGGCCAGAGACGCUUGUACAGAGAACUGCUGAGGAACUACAACCGCCUGGAACGACCGGUGGUGAACGACUCCCAGCCCCUGGUAGUGGAGCUCCAGCUUUCUUUGCUGCAGAUAAUUGACGUGGAUGAGAAGAAUCAGGUGUUGAUCACAAAUGCUUGGCUGCAGAUGUCUUGGGUUGAUGUUUACCUGUCUUGGGAUCAAUAUGAAUACCCAGGGGUGCAGAACUUGCGAUUUCCCGCUGACCAGAUUUGGGUACCAGACAUUCUGCUGUAUAACAGUGCAGAUGAAAGGUUUGAUGCGACAUUUCACACGAAUGUGCUGGUGAAUUACUCUGGAUCCUGCCAAUAUAUUCCUCCAGGCAUUUUGAAGAGCACCUGUUAUAUUGAUGUCCGCUGGUUCCCCUUUGAUGUGCAGAAGUGUGAUUUGAAGUUUGGCUCCUGGACUCACAGUGGCUGGUUGAUUGACCUGCAGAUGCUCGAGGCUGAUAUGUCCAACUACAUCUCAAAUGGAGAAUGGGAUUUAGUGGGUGUCCCAGGAAAGAGGAACGAGAUGUACUAUGAAUGCUGCAAAGAACCAUACCCAGACGUGACGUACACGAUCACCAUGCGCCGACGCACCCUCUACUAUGGCUUGAAUCUACUCAUUCCUUGUGUUCUCAUAUCUGGCUUGGCACUGCUCGUAUUCCUUUUGCCAGCUGAUUCAGGGGAGAAGAUUUCUUUAGGUAUCACUGUCCUUCUUUCCUUGACUGUAUUCAUGCUGCUUGUAGCUGAGAUCAUGCCUGCAACUUCUGACUCAGUCCCACUAAUAGCUCAGUAUUUCGCUAGCAUCAUGGUCAUCGUUGGUCUGUCUGUGGUGGUGACAGUGCUGGUUCUGCAGUUCCACCAUCACGACCCCCAGGCAGGAAAGAUGCCCAAAUGGGUCCGUGUCAUCCUGCUGAACUGGUGCGCUUGGUUUCUACGAAUGAAAAAACCCGGGGAAAAUAUAAAGCCCCUCUCUUGCAAAUACAGCUAUUCCAAGCACAACCUGAGUGUGAACAGCAUGGAGGUGAACGUCCUGCCCGGGCACCAGUCCAGCAAUGGCAACUCCAUCUACAGCUACCACGCCAUGGACAGCCCGUGCUGCCCCCAGAAGAACGACCUGGGCAGCAAGACCGGCAAGAUUUCUUGCCCCUUAGCAGAAGACAUCGAGCUCAUUCAAAAGAAAGCUCUAAUGGAUACUAUCCCAGUGAUCGUGAAGAUCCUGGAGGAAGUUCAGUUCAUAGCAACGCGAUUCAGGAAACAGGACGAGGGUGAAGAGAUCUGCAGUGAGUGGAAGUUUGCAGCUGCCGUGAUAGACAGGUUGUGCCUGGUUGCAUUUACCCUUUUCGCCAUCAUUUGCACAUUUACAAUACUCAUGUCUGCUCCGAAUUUUAUAGAGGCUGUUUCAAAGGAUUUUGCAUAAGGUUUUCAAAGAUGAGCGUGAUAAUUUGAAGGUGAAUAUCGCCAGUAAUUUUGCUCGAUGAUUUAAAUCAAAUAGAGAAGUGUACUUAUAUGUGCUAAAAUACACUGAAGGGGAUGAAAAUAAUUUCAGGACAUAAUUAUUCCUGAUGUUAGUGAUUGUAGUUACUGAAUAGUAAUCAUAUUGAACUCUGUUACUUAUUUCAUAGAUUAGUGCCACAUAUAAUUAUGUCAUGAUCUGUGACAAGUGGUAGACAAAGAUUCAAAUCUACAAUAUAUUUGUUACAAGCUAACACUCAUAUCAAUGUGUUACUAUGAAUUUUUGAACUUUUAGAUAUUGUUAAAUUAACUUAAAUGUUCAUUGAUGACUACAGGUUUUGCAGAAUUUUGUUGUUUUCAGGAUAUUCGUGUUUUAUCAUUUUUGUUUGGUGUGGUUGUGACAUGCACUUAUCAGAUUUGAAAGACCUAUGUCCACAGUCUCAUGAUGCUGUAUAUUGUACAUGAAAAUAAACCAUCAUCAUAUUAGCUCA